AUGGCGUCCGAAAAGGGAGCUACGAAGGAGAAGCUCGAGGCGCAAAUCAAGUCGGCAGAUAUGACCGAAGAUAUGCAACAGGAAGCUAUUGACAUUGCACAAGAGGGAAUGUCAAAGUUCACAAUUGAAAAGGAUAUCGCUCAAUUUAUCAAGAAAACCUUCGAUGAGCGUAAAGGUCCAACAUGGCAUUGUAUCGUCGGCAGAAAUUUCGGAUCCUUCGUCACCCACGAAACCAAACACUUCAUUUAUUUCUACCUAGGGCACUGCGCCAUCCUCCUCUUCAAGACGCAGUAA